UAAGCAACGUUGACAAGACACGUCAGCUUAUUUGACAGAAACUGGUUAUGUGACUUUCUUGUUUUCUUUCCUACAAGCCGGAAAAUUUCCCAAUCCCUGGUUUCGUGGCGUAGCUUGCUAAGCAAAACUCAGUUAGAUAGUAGAAAAUGCAUUACUGGAUAGUCUGCUUGUUGGGUGGUUCACUUCUGCUUUCAGUUAAUUGCAUAUCUUUCAACUUAGAACCCAACACUCAGAAGUGUUUGAAGGAAGAACUGCAGGGCAAUGUGCCCGUUAUUGGAGAGUUUGAGGUCUCAGAGCAGCCUGGACAACGGAUAGACUAUCUCGUGACUGAUUCAAAAGGCCAUAUUUUAGCACAAAGGCAAGAUGUCUCAAAGGGAAAGUUCUCCUUUAAUACCGAAAGUUAUGAUACGUAUGAGAUUUGCUUCUUUUCUCGCGUUCUUCAAAAUCAGAAAGGAAUUACCCAACUAGUAUCUUUAAAUACAAAACAUGGAGUGGAAACCAAAAACUAUGAGUCUUUUGCGGAAGCAACCAAUUUAAAGCCAAUAGAGUUGGAAAUUAAAAAGCUAGAAGAUCUUUCCAAAUCAAUAGUAGAUGACUUUGCCUUUAUGACGAAAAGGGAAGAAGAAAUGACCGACACAAAUGAAUCCACCAACAAUAGGGUGAUGUAUUUCUCAAUAUUUUCAAUUUUUGUUCUGCUGGGUCUGGCAGUGUGGCAAGUCUUAUACUUAAGAAGAUAUUUUAAGACAAAAAAGCUGAUAUAGUACGACCUAUUGAAUGAGUUUGGAAUAUUUUUGUUUUCAAUUUGAAGGAAAAUUGUUUUACUGCACUAAAUCUAAUAUAUAUUUUUUAGUUCCAAUUAAAUUUUUUUUAUACGCCAAUCUUUUUAUUUGAAUGCAGGAAGAGAAAGGGCAGGGGGAUAAAUUUUGUAUUUCUAAGUUAUACGAUUUUUAUACGGGCUUUUAUUAUCGAUAACCGAAUGGCAUUUUCCCCUGAUAUUCUGCGAAUUUAUCAGGAUCUGUAUACUUUUUUGGAAUAUUGAUACUCUUAAAUGUUAGAAAUGUUGCUGAUUAAGUCAAAUCAUUGGUUAUCCCUAAACAAAAAUCUCAAAUGACUAUAAAUAAGUGUAUAUUCCUAAAAGGGGUGUCAUGAUUUAGGUGAAAACUAUUAGGACUUUCAGCUUUUCUUUGGAUCAACCACAAUCAUUAACACAACUGUUCAUGUGCAUUCUGCAUUCUGGUUAUUACCUCUGUAUUUGUCAAGCAUCCUGUAAAUAAGCGUGUAAAGCAGAAAUAAAUGAUUUUGUUAA